AUGGUCUCAUUCUGCAAUCUCUGUUCUUUACUUCUUGCUUUUUCCUUUGCUUUCCUGUCGCGAUUCGAAAACUUUGUCGACGCCCGAACUCAGGACCACUAUAAUUCAACUGCCUCGCUUUCGACACGGUGGACGAACAACGCGACAGCUUAUCCCGACGCGCGGUUUGGGAAUUCAGUGACCAUUCGGGCAAUUCUAGUCCGCGGAAAAGAAGCUUCUGGCCCGGCCUACGCCUGCGGCUUCUACUGUCAGUUUGACUGCAGCACUUUCCUCUUUGCUAUUUUCAGAGUCCCAAUUCAGGGAGGUGCUUUAUUUGUACAAAGUGAGACUGAGUUUCCAGAAGUAGUGUGGUCUGCUAACCGAAACAAUGGUGUAAAGAUUGGCGCGACGUUGGAGCUCACGUCUGAAGGCGAUUUGGUGUUGAAAGAUGCCGAUGGUACUGUUGCUUGGUCCACAAACACUUCUGGUAAGUCUGUCGUGGGCUUGAACAUGACAGAUUCCGGGAACCUCGUGUUGUUUGAUAAGAACAAUGCAACUGUCUGGCAGUCUUUCGAUCAGCUAACUGACACACUCGUCCCCGGACAAAAGUUGAUGGCGGGGCAAAAAUUGAUGACCGCAGAUGGUAUGAUUACGUUGUCCGUGAAUGAUUAUGGUUUUUCUGCUCAAAUGCAGACUAGUCCUCCUCAGAUAUAUUACCAAACACUUGUUAAGUAUCCGACAAAUAAAAUCAAGUCUCCGUAUCUUGAGUUAGUAAAUGGAAGCUUAGCUUUGUUCUCAGAUUCUACCACGAUCUUGGCUUCGCUUCCAGUCCCUCGAGCAUCUUCUUUACAACACAUCCAGCUGGGCUUGGAUGGGCAUUUGGGAUUGUACGAGUAUGGGACACCUUUAGGACUAGUAACUGAUCUUUUGACGGAGUAUAUUGGGAUCUGUGGUUAUCCGACCGCAUGUGGGCAAUAUGGAAUUUGCUCUGGUGGAGCAUGUAGUUGUCCGGCUUCUAAUGGAGGAGCGAGCUAUUUCAAGCCAGUAGAUGAUAAGCAGCCUAAUCUCGGGUGUUCUGAGAACGUCUCAUUGUCUUGUGGGGCUUCACAAUAUCAAAGUUUUCUGGAGCUUCAAAAUGUCACGUACUUCACUUUCACUGCAGAUCUUGAGAACGUAGAUGCUUCAAGUUUAUGGAUCGGAUCCCACUCGCGGCAGUUGUUACUUACCGACUCAGUUGUUUACACUUGCCAAUGA